AUGGGUGGAGGCAUGGGAUCUGGAAAAAGCACUGUUCUUAAAGACAUUCUUAGAGAAUCAUUUUGGUCAGAAGCUGCAUCCAAUGUUGUGGUUGUUGAAGCAGAUGCUUUUAAGGAGAGUGAUGUCAUUUAUAGUGCUCUUAACUCUAAGGGCCACCAUGAUGAAAUGCUUCAAAGUGCUGAACUGGUGCAUCAGACUUCGACUGAUGCUGCAUCAUCUCUACUAGUGACAACUUUAAAUAAAGGGCGAGAUGUGAUCAUGGAUAGUACCUUAGCAUGGGAACCUUUCCUAGAGCAAACUAUUGCUAUGGCAAGAAAUGUUCACAAAAAGCGCUGUCUAAGGUAA